AUGUUCGCGACGGGAGCGACGGACUACCCUGCGCGACGCCCUUGCGACCGCUGCCGUCGUCGCAAGUCGAGAUGUAUAAGGGAACCGGAGAAAGACAACUGCACAUUUUGUAACUUGAAUGGUCUAGAAUGCACGUUUCUUCAUGGCCCCCGACCGCGGAAAAGGACUGAGAAGUCACCAAGCGCAGUAGAACCCAAAACGAAGAGACCCCGGAGCUCCCCAACACCAUCAACAGUUGGCUCUAUCGAAGAACAGGCCACCGCUGAUCUGAUAAGUUCACGCCUGAAUGGUACAUUAGGUCUAGAGCUUCAUCUGCAUUCAGAGUAUAUUGGCCCCGCUAGCUAUCAUGAACCUCAACUUCUUGACCUGCGGCCAUCAGCAAUCUCGCUUGGCGACCAUGAGGGAUGCUAUCCGCGACGUGUGAAUCAAUCCACCACAUUCAUCACCUACCCUGACAAGGACUCGGCUUCUGAAAUGCAACGCAUCGCUGAUCUGGAUCGCAUUGAGGAAUCGAUACGUCCACUGGGACCAACCUUGGUAAAUCUUUAUUUCCGCAUUAUGCACCGCACAUUUCCGAUCCUGGACAAGGGUGUGUUUCUUGAGAAAUAUGCCCGGUCCUAUCGCGAGUUCUCACCACCACUACUCGCUGCCGUUUACCUUGUCGCGUUGGACUGGAAGCUCUUCGAUCGAACUCUUGCUACUGCAUCUUCGACACCAGAUGCUAAGGCCCUGGAGAGUCUGGCAAUGCGAGCCAUGGACGAAGAUAUGAAGCGGCCGAAGCUCUCCACGUUACAGGCUGGCCUGUUGUUAUUGCAAAGAAUGAGGUCUUCCCAUAACACUCUUCCAGCUCAACUUGUAUCCCUCGGGCAAACAUUGGGAAUACAUAUCGACUGUACGGAAUGGAGAAUCCCGGAAUGGGAGAAAGGUCUACGACGACGUUUAGCGUGGGCGCUAUACAUGCAGGACAAAUGGGGCGUUCUUGUGCACGGCCGACCUUCUCUCAUUCCUGCCCAGAUUGACGGAGAUGAGGGGACAAGCGACUGGGAUGUUGCCCCUUGUACUUUAGAAGACUUUCCAGAAGAAGCGACUGGGCAAGAUGAGAAGGGGGCCGGAGGUGUCGACGAAGCAGCCGGUCAGGCGGCGUUUCUGCAAUCCAUUGAAUUAACUAAGAUUUUUAGUUGCAUCGUGUCCACAUUGUGUUCAAUAAGCGCAACCAAAAAAGGCGGACUACUUGAGCGGAUUGGACCGUCAGGCGCGAUGAGUCUGGCAAAACCCCUCGCAGUGGAGUUACGGGAAUGGCAUGCCGCCUUGCCCACCAGCCUCCAAUUGGAAUCAACACCCUCAUUACGGCUAUCGACUAACGGCGCCUUGCAUCUGUCACAUAUGGCAACAGAACUUACUAUCCACCGCGCAUUGCUACGCGCUCUGUCACCAGAUACCGUGCCGUCUCUUCGUUCGGCGAUUCGAGCCGCUGCUCGCGCCCGUCUGACAUCAGCCAUGAGCUUGAUUGAAUCUUUUCAACCUGAGCACAUUCAAUCAUUUUGGGGCUUUGCAGCCGCUGCUCAGGUGACUUUGAUCGGUUCCUUUGCAGGUCUGCUGUGGGCAACGAGCCCUCAAAUGGAUGAAGCAGCCGGGUACGUUGAACACCUCGAAAAGCUGUGCUGGAUCCUGCAAGUUCGCGCAUCCGCUGCUCCAUUUGCCCGUGAGGCACUUCGAAUGCUCCAUGAAGAGGUCGGUGAUUUGGCUGCCGUGAAGGCAGCUACAUUUCGGGACCCUUAG